AUGUCCACUUUCGACUACAAUGCCAGAGAGCUUCUAUCCAAGCUCAAGCUUCUAAUGUAAGUACAUUUAGUUUAUAACAGAAUAUGUAAUUACGGUGGUUGCAUUGCAAAGUCUUUAUUUAUCUAUUACAGUUUUUCUCAAUUGCUAAAACACUAAACCCUAUUGUCUGAACCAAAUGCUCAGUUGCCUGAACCCACUGAUUGAAUCAAUCACUCUUUUGGCAAAACCAUAAGCACUUUUCACCUGUUUAGACAUAACUUGCCAACACAUUUUCAUUGUGAUGCACCCGUGCUGCAUAAUGGUGAGCACAGGUGACAAAAGUCAAACACAAUUAGAGCACAGGUGUCACCACUUGAACACAACAACUCAAAAUUGAUCACACUUGUGGCUAAUGAUGUGAGGGAACAUAUACAGUAAGCCAGUUCAGAGAGCACUGGUUUGUGAGGCCCUACAAUGGAUAGAAAUCUGAGAGGAAGAGUUCGUGUGUUAGGAGGUCGAGGUGGUCGAGGUGGUCAGCGAAGACAAAGAACAGUAAUAUCUGAUGAAAUCAGAGCUACUGUGAUUGACCAUGUUCUUGUCCAUGGUAUGAGCAUGAGGGAGGCUGGACAAAGGGUACAACCAAACAUCAGUAGAUUCACUGUGUCCACCAUAAUCCGAAGAUUUAGAGAAGAGAACAGGUAAUUACCUUUUUUUGACAUUAUAGUACAGUAUGUAAAUGUUGACAGCAAUUACUGUAUGACAUACUAUAUACUGUAAGUAAAUAUAUGUUUCAGUACAUCACUGUACCAAUGUACUGUAGUAUUGUAAUGGAGGGUUGGUCUAACUGUUUGUAGGCCUAGUAUUCCAUGUAUAUUUUUUGUAACUCCAUGUUCUCUUUUUGUAGAAUUGAAAGACUGCCACAUGGGGGUGGGAGGACAGGUAUGUUCUCCCCACACCAAGAGACCCUAAUUGUUGAUAUGGUCCGUGAGAACAAUGCCAUUAAACUGAGCGAAAUUCAGCAGAAGAUCAUUGAGGACCAUUUACAUUUUGAGGGUAUCAACAGUGUCAGCCUCUCUACUGUUGAUCGUGUCCUCAAGCGCAACAGACUGCGCAUGAAACAGCUAUACAGAGUGCCCUUUGAUCGCAACUCAGACCGAGUCAAAGAGCAAAGAUUCCAGUAUGUACAGGUUGGCAUAUAUCCAGACACAUUCAAUGUUGAUUACUCUAAGUAGUGAUUUACUGUAGUGGCCUAAAUCACUUUUUCCGUAUCACUUACAAAACUAUAUCUAUUUCUACAGAGGGUUUUUCAACUGGAUGCAAUGGAAAGACCCCAUCAAUACAUCUACAUGGAUGAAGCUGGGUUUAAUGUCACCAAAAGGAGAAGGAGAGGCCGUAAUGUGAUUGGCCAUCGGGCCAUUGUUGGUGUUCCUGGGCAGCGUGGUGGCAAUGUCACAUUAUGUGCUGCCAUCAGCAAUCAUGGGGUUGUCCACCAUCAUGCCAACCUGGGGCCCUACAACACUCACCAGCUCCUCAUUUUCCUCAAUCACAUGCGAGAUGCUUUGUUAGGGCAGCAGGAUGAGCAUCCCAUCUAUGUUGUUGUUUGGGACAAUGUGAGUUUUCACAGAGCCCUCCAGGUUAGAGAGUGGUACAAUAUGAACCAAGGUUUUAUCAAUCUUUGCCUUCCACCGUACUCCCCUUUCCUAAACCCCAUUGAGGAAUUAUUCUCCUCAUGGCGGUGGAAGGUAUAUGAACGCCAACCUUACACCAGGGUAAAUCUCCUGCAAGCCAUGGGACUUGCCUGUGGUGACAUAGGUGUGGAGGCAUGCCAAGCCUGGAUACGGCAUGCCAGGGGUUUUUUCCCCCGUUGCCUGGCCAGACAAAAUGUGGCCUGUGAUGUGGAUGAAGUCCUGUGGCCUGACCCAGUACGGAGACAUGAUGCUGUGGCUGAGUAAUGCACUUAUUUGUAUAUUUUUGUACUUUAUUUUUACAUGGGCUUACUGUACACAAGUGGCAAACGCAUAAGAUUUCUGUUUGUUUUUACAAGUGCUACAUGUAAAUGCACAAGAUUUCUGUUUUGUCUUUUUGUACAAGUGCUAAAUGCACAGUUUUUUUUUUGUUUUGCAACAUGCAUUUAGCCUACAGUGAACAAUAAACAUUUAUUUCUCCAGCUUCAUGUCCUGAGCAUUGUGUUUUCUGUUUUUCUACGUAGUGUUUAGUGACUGUUCAGUAGUGUUUUUAAUUUUGAUUGACUCGGGGCACGAUUUGACAACAUAGUUCAGUUUUGAGCACAGAUUGAACUGUUUUGAGGUGAAAGUUUGGUUUUGCAAGAAGAGUCUGAGGUUUUGUGAAUGUAGCUUGAAAAUUGGGUUUUGUUUUCACAGUUAAGAGAAAAGGAGAGCAGCUUUCAAGAAAUGUGUCUUAGCAAUCGAGAAAAACUGUAGUACAAUUCAUUGUGUGUAUGAUACUGUGCAUGAUACUUUGUGUGAUACUUCUGUCCUGUACAAAUGAAUUAUUCUCAAUCAAUUUAGAAAUAGAUUCACAAUAAGUAAAACAUAUUUGCUAUGCAUUUGAUCAAACCAAUACCCCUUUCAAUAUUUCAUUUAGUAUAAUUUGGUAUUAUGUGUCUUGAGAAACAUGAACAUUGAAUUGCUUCUGAAUGUGAUGUGGAUUCUACUCUCUAUCGUUCAUUGUAGUCAAAGCAAAUACAAGUAUUUUAUAUAUUCAUUUUUAAAUAUGUUUAGAAUACAUGAUAUACAUGGGUUAAGUUUGCAGGCUGAUCGGGGCCAUAUAUCCUGUGCCUGCUGGUCAAGACUGGUACCUCAAAAGGGACUCCUGGCCAGUGAAGGGGGUUGUGCUGAUGUAUAGGUCAAUUCCUACACUUACAAACCUAUCAAAACUCUUGCUUAUUGCUAGAAAAAGAAAAUGGUGUGCUCCUGUACUUUCAUUAGGAUGUCAGCAUUUCCUCAUCCUGGCCAGUAUCCAGAUGUCUUUUCCAAAAUGGAGAUUAAUAAUAGAUUAAUAACCAUGCUAUUUCUUGCAUAUCUGUGCAUUUCCACCAGGUCCUGAUUGUAAAUGAAAGUACUUAAAACUGCCUGGAACCAAUUUUGUGAAUGGCUGAAAUAUCCUUUGUCUCUUUGUUGCCUUUUAGAUUUCAAAUUGACUGUGCUGCUUUGGAGACAGCAAAUGUUUCAUAACUGAUGCCAUGGAUGGUAACCUGGAGUCUGGAGAAGUGAAUCCAGAGAGAUCACAGUUGUGCUAUGUAAUAGACGACCUAAGUGCACAAAAUGCUCCCAAUGGAUCGACAGUGGACCACACAGGUACUUCAUGUGCUUCAGAUUGCUAGCCUUUCAAAGUGAAUGUUCACCAUUAUCUGGGUGAUGCUAUGUAUUCUCAUCUCAUUGCUAUGUGUUAUGUUUUCUUCCCCUCACCCAGGAAACUAAUAUUGCAUGUUGUAACAUGGUAUUUUCUUCCCAAUUAAAUAAUCUUUGACAGAGGAUACCACUUUGUUGGACUGGAUGCAUCAUGAGGACAGUCAACUAUCUUUGACUGAUGUUUCUGCCAAUGAGAGUUCCUGCCUGCUACCUAUUCAUUCUGCAUUACCGACAACAAGAUUAGGUAUCAUUUUGAAUGAAGAUUGAAGCAAUCUGUACACAAGAAUAUUGUACAAGAUGACAUUGCAUUAGCUGAAAGAGUAACCACUUAUUUCUUAAUCUAAUUGCAUAUCAUAUUCAGAACCUCCAAUUGAUGAGAAUUCUGAAUUUCACCACCAGAACAUCCAUAUUACCUUACCAACGGACACGAUGAAUGAAGCACAACAAUGGUCUGUGGCAAAAUAACAACCACAGCCCAUUUCCCCACAGUUGACCACCUCAAAGCAUUGCCCACCAUACCAAAUGAGACAGCCAUCCACUUCAAUCAGAAAGAGCAGCCACAAAACCUCUGCUGUCCAGAUCAACCAAGUGGAUGGAGAUGGUGAGAGCCUUUUCUGAAUGUGAAGAAAUAAAUUACUUAUAGAUUUAAAUGUAGUUUUGUAUUUAUAGUUUUGUACUUUCCUCUUUACAAAUGCCUUCCAAUCCAUGUUUCCCUGCUUCCUGUCUUUUCACACCUGUGUGCCUCCAUCCUCUUGGCAUGUAUUUUCUGCCAGCCUUGGGACUGUUUACUGGCCACGGGGAAAGGAUGCCAUGCCUGUGCCUCGUCCCUGUGCUCCUCCCUGUGCACCACAGUGUGCUGCUGUGAGCCUGAUUCCCUGGAGCCUUUGCUGGACAUGACCCAUCACUGUGGCUGCUGUGGGUGUAUGGAUGCCCACUGCUGCCUGUGUGUAGAUCCAGGAUUUGAGUGCUGUGUCUGUGAUAUAUGCAUACAGGCCACCGAGUGUGUGGAUCUAGGCAUGGAGAUCUCACAAAUGCUCUUCCACUAA